AUGUCGUCUCCAUGGAGCGAGCCCCUCGGCUCUCUCACGACGCUAGCCAUGGACAACACCACCACCAUCCUCCCUCGCUCCUCAAGCUGCCAGCUAUCCCCCGCAGGGAGCGCAUUCGCCGCCAUCAUCUCCGCCUUCGUCGGUUCCGUCAUCAACGGCGUGACCAACGGCUGGUUCGUGGCUUUCAUGACCGGCUGGAUCGCCUGGCUCGCCAUCUUUCGGGUCCUCCUAGCCGGUCUUUACAUGCUAUACCGCUCCGUGACCGAUUCCUGGGGCCCGGGGCUGGGCCCGGGGUCGUCGGCCGGUGCGAAUACGGCGGAGAUGACCGGGUAUGAAGGAGGUAGCAGUGGAAACGCACCACCAAGCUACCACCGCGUCUUCGCCCACGACGUCGAGAACGGCAACCCCCAACCACACAACGCGUGGCAGCCCAUCCCCGAUCUCCACACCAUGCAGGCGGAACAGGCCCAGCAGUACAAAGCCAACCUCAAAGCCAACCUCUGGCCCAAAGCAGCCCUCGUCCGCUUACACCGACCCCAACCCCUCGCCACGGCACAUCCCGGCAUGAAGACCACCGGCCCCUUCCCCAACACCAUCACCGACCUCGACCGCAACGUCACCGUGCUCGGCUGGUUCAGUCUAGCCUAUACCGCCAUCUGGGCGCCCAUCACCCAGAUUCUCUUCCUGCUCGCGCAGUACUCGCGGCACGACAACGGCGGGGCAAAGUUGGUCAAGGGACUGACCGUGGCUGUGUCGGCGCUGCCGUUGGGUGUGGACUGCCGGGUGCGGUAUGCCGAUGCGAUGCCGUGGUCGUGGGCGAGACGGAGCGUGAAUCUUGUGACGGCGUUGAGUGCGUUGUUGCAGGGUGCGAUUUGCGCGGUGUUGUUGGUGACGGGGGUGAUGGAUUUGUUGAACCCGCCUGAGAAGGAGGAGGAUCCUAACGAUCCCUGGGCUGGGUUUCCGUCGUCUAGUCAGCCGACUAUACCGGUGCCGGCGGUGGUGGUGCCGUAUCUGGUGUUUGCGGUGAUUUGGAUGCUGGCGAGUUUUGCGAUGCUGCCUAUGAAGGAUGGGGGGAGGAUGGGGGCCGGGAAGAAGCAUUGGGCGGGGUAUAUUUUAGAUGUGGGUAUGGGGUUGUUUGCGGGCGUGUUCUUGGCCGCGCCGGCGUUUGCGUUGAUGUCCAACGCAACGUUUGCGACUGACUCGAGUGGGUGGGGUGAUCUCCAAGAGUAUCUCUCGUGUGAGAAAGAUGUUUGGAGGAGGUUUGCAGCUGUGGUGCCCUAA